GAAAAAAGGCACAAACUUCAAAACCAUCUCCCUCUGAUUCGUACUACCUACGUCACAAAUCACAUUAUCACUCGCAUUCCCCGUUCCGAUAAUACUCUCUCUGCAUAUCCUAUCUUAUAUACUUAUCAUCUACCCAAAAGUUAUAUAUAUAUAAAAACUACACCGCACUCAGAUAUAUUAUAUAUAUAUAUGUGUGUGUGUGUGUGUGUGUAUCUAAACAGCUGCAUUGCCAAGUGUUUUGGGUCGUUCAAAAGAAGGCAAAAAUGGAGGUUGGAAGCUCUGUGCAUACAAAAAUGAUGUCCAGAAAGAAUAAUCUCAGCUUGUACGAUGUUCCAGAUGGAGUUGAUAUUCGUGGUCGAUUCGAUCCGGAGUUUGCCAAGAUCCUUACCAUUGAUGCUCUGCAAUUCGUUGCGGAUUUACAGAUGGAAUUCAGGAACCAAAUCAAGUAUGCAAUGGAGUGUCGCAGGGAGGCCAAGAAGAAGUACAACGAAGGUGCAGUUCCAGGGUUUGAUCCAGCCACAAGGUAUAUCAGGGAACGAGAAUGGGUUUGUGCUCCAGUUCCACCUGCUGUUGCUGAUCGAAAAGUGGAGAUUACAGGCCCUACCGAAAGGAAAAUGGUCAUCAAUGCACUCAAUUCUGGAGCUAAAGUUUUCAUGGCGGAUUUCGAGGAUGCACUCUCACCAACUUGGGAGAACUUGAUUAGGGGACAAAUUAAUUUAAAGGAUGCUGUUGAUGGGAGUAUAACCUUCCACGAUAAAGCUAGAAACAGAAUAUACAAGCUGAAUGAUCAGACGGCAAAGCUAUUUGUUCGUCCUCGAGGUUGGCAUCUUCCUGAGUAUCAUAUUCUCAUUGAUGGUGAACCAGCAACUGGUUGUCUUGUAGAUUUUGGCCUUUACUUUUACCACAACUAUGCAAAAUUCCGGCAGACACAAGGUGCUGGCUAUGGACCCUUCUUCUAUCUUCCUAAAAUGGAGCAUUCAAGGGAAGCGAAGAUCUGGAAUUGUGUGUUUGAGAGAGCAGAAAAGAUGGCAGGAAUAGAAAGAGGAAGCAUCAGAGCCACUGUUCUAAUCGAAACAUUACCUGCAGUUUUCCAAAUGGAUGAAAUUCUUUACGAGCUAAGAGAUCACUCGGUGGGUUUAAACUGUGGAAGAUGGGAUUAUAUUUUCAGCUAUGUGAAAACUUUUCAGGCUCACCCAGAUCGCAUUUUGCCAGACAGAGUCCUGGUUGGAAUGAACCAACACUUGAUGAAAAGUUACUCUGAUCUCGUCAUCAGAACCUGCCAUAGACGCGGUGUUCAUGCCAUGGGUGGAAUGGCAGCUCAGAUUCCAGUCAGAGACGAUCCAGUAGCAAACGAGGCGGCAUUAGAGCUAGUGAGCAAGGACAAAUUGCGAGAGGUGAAAGCAGGGCAUGAUGGAACAUGGGCAGCUCAUCCUGGACUCAUCUCAACCUGCUUGCAAACCUUCAAUAACCACAUGGGUAAUGCUCAAAACCAGAUCAAAACCAUGAAAAGAGAAGAUGCAGCAAUGUUGACAGAAGAAGAUCUUAUACAGAGGCCAAGAGGAGUUCGUACAAUGGAAGGUCUGCGGCUAAAUACCCGUGUGGGAAUUCAGUAUUUGGCGGCAUGGCUGACAGGAACAGGGUCUGUUCCUCUUUACAAUCUGAUGGAAGAUGCAGCAACAGCGGAGAUUAGCAGGGUUCAGAAUUGGCAGUGGAUAAAAUAUGGAGUGGAAUUGGACGGAGAUGGAUUGGGAGUGAGAGUGAACCUGGAGUUGUUUGGAAGAGUGGUGGAAGAAGAGAUGAAUAGAAUUGAAAGAGAAGUUGGGAAAGAGAAGUUCAAGAGAGGGAUGUAUAGAGAAGCAUGCAAGAUUUUCACAAGGCAAUGCACGGGUGGUGUGCUUGAUGAUUUUCUUACAUUAGAUGCUUAUAAUCAUAUUGUUAUACAUCAUCCUAAGGACUUGUCUAGGCUCUGAUCGCAUGUAUCAUCACUUUUACUCUUUACCUUUCUUACUUGUUUAAGAGUCUUUCGAGGCUUUUCAGUCACCA